AGGCUGAGAGCUGAAGACUUCCUUGACUCACCUUUUUUUUUAAAUAGGUUCACGGUUUUUGGUGGCACGUCUGGCGUUUUGGGGCAGAGCUGAGCUCGAAAGCAGCGAAUGUCACCUUGUUGUUUAGCAGCACAAACACCACUGUCCUCGGAGGAAGCCCACAAGAGACAUGAGCACCUAUUUCGUAAACCCGUUGUACUCCAAGUAUAAAGGAAGCGAGAGGCUGGAGCAGACCUACUACGACUGCAGGUUCCCCCAAAGCGUCACCCGGAGCCACGCGAUAGUUUACGGGGCUGGAUCAGCAGCGGCUCCGGCAUUCCAGCACGCGCCCCAUCACGCGCAGGACUUCUUCCAGUCGGGACUGUCGACCCCUGGUUAUCAGCAGAGCCCCUGCGCCUUGGCGUGCCACGGCGAUGCCACCACGUUUUAUGGCUACGAAGCAUUUCCGAGGCAAACGCUUUAUGGGGCUCAGCAAGAGGCGAGCGUGGCGCAGUACCCAGACUGUAAAUCUUCCGCUGGCACCAAUCUAGGAGAACGACAAGGCCAUUUGAAUCAAAACCUGCCCGGUCUUAUGUUCCCUUGGAUGAGACCCCACGCUCCAGGAAGGCGUAGCGGCCGGCAGACAUACAGCCGCUACCAAACCCUGGAGCUGGAGAAGGAGUUCCUCUUCAACCCUUACCUUACACGCAAGCGGCGCAUCGAAGUGUCGCACUCGCUGAAGCUAACGGAGCGGCAGGUGAAGAUCUGGUUCCAGAACCGACGCAUGAAAUGGAAGAAAGAGAACAACAAGGAUAAAUUUCCGGGUCAGAGGGGCGAGACAGAGACAGAGGCUGAGGGUGAGGGAGAUGGAGAAGGAGAGGGAGAAGGAGAGGGCGAACCGGAGGGGGAUGAGCAGCAGCAAAAAAAGGAAACGGCAGAAGAAGAAGAGCCGAAAGAGUGAUUUUAUGGCCGGUUUUUAUGGUUAUAUGACUUCAAGUUGAGCCUCGUGUGUGUAUGUGUGGAGAGGGGUAGAGAGAGAGAGAGAGCACUGUUUACGACCACGGUGGGAAAGAAGUAAAAAAAUGUUAAACACACAAUAAAAGCUCUUUCCUUCUCACUGAUCACCACCACAAUGCGAACAAACAUCCUCAGCCAAGUGCUGUGAUGCAUUUUCCAAUCACUCCUAAUGUUUAGGCUAGUCUCAAGGAUGCAGUUCAGACUUUUAUUCUUUUAUUUUGAGGCCAGAAAUGUGCGAAGUUUGGUGGGGGAAUGGUAAAUUUUAAACAUGAUAGAAUUAAGCCAAGAUUUCACCUUUAAUUAACAUUUCUAAAGACUUCCGCAUAAACAUUAGGCAACAUACUCAGAUUAACUUGACCCAGUAUUAGGCUUAAACCAGCCCUGAAUGUUUAGGCCUAUGCGCUUUGUUUGUGUACCAAAACAUUCGCACAUUACGAUUGAGUUCGACCCAAAAAUGUAGGUCAUAUACAUACUGUACAUGGAACAAUGCAAAACGAGAUUGUAGUUUAGACCUGUUUCACUUUUUACUGUGCUGUAAUUUCUUUUCGUAAUUUUUUCGUAGGUUAGCUGUAGGCUGUAGAAUGCUUGUGUCUUUUUACGAAAGUAGUUCUUAUAAUUAUCGCCUAAUCAUUUUUGCAUGUGAUGCUACCUAACACGGGAAAUUGGCAAUGUUUCUCUUCAAUGUUUUAUGCAAAAAAUUGACGCAAACAUCCAAAACAACGAUUUAAAAAGAUCUCGUGCAUCUGGUUCUGGGUGAAAUGUGUGCCAUCGUUCAUCCACUUUGUCUCAACUUUAUUAACACUUUCUCAUAUAGCCACUUUAAUUUAGAUUUAUGCAAACUUUAGCUGUUAGAGCUGACUUUACUUGAUCUCUAAAAUUGACCACACUAUUUAUAUAGCAAGUGAAGGAGUUUUCGCGUUGAUCAAC